AUGGACAAGCUCGUUGCUCAGUAUUCGCGCCCACAGCACCAGAACGAGCUCUACUCGGAGCAAGAGCAACAGGACCUCACACAGAGCCUCCCUCCGCUCUCCCUCAAGUUCAGCCUCCCUCCUGUCGACAACCGCGCAUCCUUCCUCCGUGCUAUGACCGAUGACCACUCCAACCCCAGCUGUCCUAUCAAGCUCGCUCAUGGAACAACAACUCUGGCUUUCCGAUUCCAGGGCGGCAUCAUUGUGUGCACCGACUCUCGAGCAACGGCCGGAAACUGGAUCGCCAGUCAGACAGUAAAGAAGGUUAUUCCUGUGUCACGAUUAAGCCGUGGCGAAGACAAGCCCUCUAAUGAUCCUACCCCGGGUCUCUUGGGAACCAUGGCUGGUGGUGCGGCGGAUUGUCAAUAUUGGUUGCGUUAUUUGAGUCAGCAGUGCACUCUGCAUGAAAUCCGACACAAGCGCCGUAUCACCGUUGCUGCAGCAUCCAAGAUCCUCGCCAACUUGACUUAUGCUUACAAGGGCUACGGCCUCAGUAUGGGAACUAUGCUGUGUGGUGUGACUCCCCAAGAAGGACCGGCUUUAUACUACAUCGAUUCCGACGGCACCCGCUUGCCCGGUAACCUGUUCUGUGUUGGAUCCGGUCAGACAUUCGCCUAUGGUGUGCUGGACUCAAACUACCGCUACGAUUUGAGCGAGGAGGAAGCCCUGGCUCUUGGCCGUCGUGCUAUCUUGGCUGCUAUGCACCGUGAUGCCUACUCUGGUGGUUUCAUCAACUGCUACCACGUUAAGGAGGAAGGAUGGGUUCACCACGGCUUCGAUGAUAUGAACCCCAUUUUCUGGAAGACUAAGCUGGAUCAUGGCGAAUUCUCAAAUGUUACAUCGGAGCUGUAA